AUGCCCCUUGUCCUCCUGCUAGCUGGGUUGACUAUGGCUCUGUCCAUCCCUGGCACUUCAUCUGAGUCAGCCACGCUGCAGUUCCUGGGGCAGACAGACUUUGUUGUCAACGAGAGCAGCACAGCUGUAGUCCGGCUGGUUAUAGAGAGAGUGGGAGACCCGGUCAAUGUGACAGCUUUGGUUCUGCUGGAGGGAGUGGACACUGGGGAUUUUGAGGCUGUUAAUGCUGCAGCCUUCUUGCUGUCCACUGAGUCCAGUAAGACCAUCUUCAUCGCUGUGAAAGAUGAUGACUUGCCAGAGGCCGAUGAGACAUUUACCUUUAACCUUACACUACAGAGCUCUUCUAAUGGCGUGACGCUGGGAACGCCAAACAAGGCAACCAUCACCAUCCUGUCCAAUGACAACGCCUUUGGAAUAAUUGCCUUCAACUCUACUAAAGAGAUUGUUGUCGAUGAGCCAAGAGGAGUGAACCAUUAUGUGCCUUUCACCCUAGUUAGAGAAAAGGGAACGUACGGGACUGUGACCGUGAACUAUGAGAUUUCUGAUGGACCUAACCCUGCCUUUGAGGACCUCAGUCCAGACAGAGGGAACAUCACCAUUCCUGUAGGACAGUCAGUGGUGCAGUUUAUUGUCCUCAUACAGGAUGACCAGAUCCCAGAGGAUGACGAGGUUUUUACUGUCAGGCUAACCAGUGUGGCAGGGGGAGCUCUCCUCAAGCCUAACGCCAGCAGUGUCCAGCUGAGAAUCAGGCGUAAUGACAGCCCGCUGCGCUUCUCCACCUCUAUCAUGGCAGUACAAGAGUCGACUGGAGUCAUUGCCCUCAAUGUGACCCGUGGUCGACUGACCGAGGAUGGGCCACUCGUUGGCUCUGUUGACACGGAGGUCUCAGUAGAUUACAAAGUGGUGAGCGGAGAAGGACUGGGCAGCGCCACAGCGGCGGUGGAUUUCCUCGAUCUACAGCCGGUCAGAACAGUUACCUUCCCUCCAUUUGUCUACAAGACCAGCCUGCUGUUCAACAUUAGAGAUGAUGACGUGCCAGAAAUAGCAGAAUCCUUCCACGUGGUCUUUCUGGAGGAGACCAUCAAAGGAGAUGCUGUGCUAGUAUCACCUAAUGCGGUGCUAGUGACCAUCGAGCCCAAUGAUAAGCCUUAUGGAGUCCUGUCAAUCAGCAGCAGUGCAGUUUUACACCCAAUCAUCAUAAAUGAAGACCUAACACAGAGAUUUGAAGGCAUCAUUAUUGUAAGAAAUGGAGGAAGCUAUGGUGCGGUGUCUGCCAACUGGUCCAUCAGUAGAAACUCCAGUGACCUCUCCUCAGUGUUGGAUGAUUUGAGCCCUGCAGAGGGAACAGUGAGAUUUGCUGCCGGUACAGUAACGGCUGUGAUUCCAAUAAACAUCGUGGCAGAUGAUCUACCUGAAGAAGCAGAGGCUUUUACGCUCAAGCUGCUACCAAAUACUGUAACUGGAAACGCAGAGGUUGAUGAACCCAUGGAGGUUGUGUUCUACAUUCAGGACAGUGAUGACGUUUAUGGGCUUUUUCACUUUGACCCGGCGAAAGAGCAAAGCAUUCAAAGCCAACCAGAGGGCCGUUUCUUGUCACUACAUUUCUUGCGAGAUGGUGGUACACUGGGAGAUGUGACUUUGACUCUCACGGCACUCUACAUUCCUGCAGGCCCUAUAGACCCAGCACUGGCCCGAGAUGGGGUUCUGAAUGUUAGCAGGUCCAUUAAUGUUGUGUUUGCCCGUGAGCAGAUGGUACAUGUUGUACUGCCAAUCAGGAAUGAUGCCUUUCUGCAGAAUGGAGCUCAUUUCUUGAUACAGUUAAAUACACUGGAGCUGGUUGACAUCAAACCUCCAAUUCAUUCAAACAGCCCGAGGUUUGGUGGACCUUUAAACUUAACUUUGACUGUCACCCCUGACAUCGCUAACGGGGAAAUCGGCUUUACCAGUAACACCACGGUGGUCCUAUAUGAACCAGAGGACAACAAUACAAGCACAGUCAGCAUCCCUCUUCGACGUGAUGGGACAGACGGUCAGGCUGAAGUGUUCUGGAGUCUCCAACCCACUGGAGCCAAUCGAGAUAUAACUGCUAAAGACCUCAAGCCUCUAAACGGCUCUGUUAUCUUUCUCUCAGGGCAGAGUGAUGCUUUCAUCAACUUCACUAUCCUGGCUGAUGAUAUCCCAGAAGUAAACGAGACCUUACUGCUCACUCUGGAUAGGAGUAUUGUUGAAAACCAGAUCCUGAAAGCUGGCUUUACCAGCAGAAAGAUUGUCAUCAUGGAGAAUGAUGACCCUGGGGGGGUGUUUGAGUUUUCCCAAUUUUCGAGAGGUCCAUGGGUCAUCCAUGAGGGGGAAACCGUGGAGCUGCAUGUGGUCAGAGCUCAGGGACAGCUUCUCAAACAGCUGGUUCGAUAUGCUGUCAUGCCUUCAGGCAACACUGAAUUCUACGGCGCCACAGGCAUCCUGGAGUUCAAACCAGGGGAGAGAGAAGUGGUGGUGGCACUUGUGGCGAGGCCUGAUGGGGUGCCUGAGCUAGAAGAAACUUUCUCGGUGGUACUGAGUAGCCACAGUACUCCACCCAGUCGCCUUGGUAACCACAGAGAGGUUAACAUCACAGUGCGAAAGAACGAUGACCCCUUUGGCGUCAUUGAGUUCAUCCAACCAGGACUGACGGUGGCCAUCAAUGAGAGCAAGGGGGACGAGAUGCACCAGGGUACUUUGAACGGUGUACCUGUAGUGAGGAACAGAGGUCACUUCGGAGAAGUGUCAGUCUCCUGGGUCCUGGAGCCAGCACUGUCUGGAGACGUGAGCCCCAUCCAGGGAAAUAUCACCUUCACGGAGGGGGAGAACCUCAAAAACCUCACUCUCUUCUCUGUUCCAGACGAGCUCCCAGAGGACAUGGAGAAUUUCACCAUCACAUUGUUGAAUGCUACAGGUGGUGCAAGGCUGGGAAACAAACUCAGUGCCAUUUUACACAUUAACAAGAAUGAUGACUCCAUUUACUUUUCUGAACCCGUGAUUGUACGACUUCAGGAAGGUGGCAUAGCCAACUUCAGCGUUCUGAGGGCAGGGAGGGCAGACUUUGUUGCGACGGUAAUGUAUCGUGUGGACUAUGGAAAUGCAUCCCCAGGUGACCUCACCUUGCUGAGUAAUGACACGCUGCUGGUGUUUGACGUGGGCCAAUGGAUAAAGAACAUCUCAGUUGCUGUAGAAGAUGACAACAUACCGGAGACUGAUGAGCCCUUUUACAUUGUUCUCUACAAUGCUACUGGUGAUGCCGUUGUAUAUGGAGCAGAUACAGCUACUGUGGUGAUUGAGGCCAAUGAUGACGCCAAUGGGAUUUUCUCCCUGGAAGCCACAGAAAAACCGGUCAAAGAGGGCAAUACCAAUCAUUUUUAUGUCCUGCGUACCAGAGGACAUUUUGGUAACGUUACAGUUUUCUGGCAGCUGUUUGCAAAUGACUCAGAGACUCCUCUGGAGGAAAACCAGGAGUUUACCAACAUAUCUGGCUCCAUCACCUUCACAACAGGGGAAGAGACCAAACCUAUCGUUCUGGAAGCCAUCUCAGAUAAGCUCCCAGAGUUCAAUGAGUUCUUUAUCCUCAGACUGGUCGACAUCUCAGGAGGCCAUCCGGGGGAGGGUGGACAACUUGCAGAGACUUCCCUGAGUUCAGUUCUCAUCCCUUUCAAUGACGACCCGUUUGGUGUCUUUGCCAUUGCGGACAGCAACCUGGACCAAGAAGUAGCUGAAGAUGUACUCUCAGAUGAGGAUAUGGCCGAUGUCACUUCUUUCACUGUCCUUCGCCAGCAGGGUACUUUUGGUGAUGUGCGUGUCGCCUGGGAGAUUGUAUCUGGACACUUCCCAGAGGGCCUUCCUCUGAUGGAUGACCUGCUCCUUCAAGCCUCCUUCCCAGAUGAGGUUCAGCUCAGGCCUCAUGCCAGGCGACACCACUCUGCCACAGACACAUGGUUUUUCUCCGGGCUCCCGGGGGCUUAUGGGACCAUCUCCCCUGAAGAUGGGCCGGCUGCUGUUUCCAACUUUACCAUUUCUGCUUGGCUUGUGCCCAGCCCGGACACUGACGGCUUCAUAUUCAGCAAAGGAACAAGAAAUGGGACUUUGCAUUAUGGAGUGAAGGUCCACACCAAUGAGUCUCAUGUCACAGUGAUGCUGUACUAUACAGCCAUAGGAUCAAGCAAUCCACAAGUGGCUCGAGCCACUGCUGAGAAAUUUUUAGAGAAUAACGCCUGGUUACACGUGAUUCUUACCGUUGAUGAUGGGAUUAUUGAGUUCUUCCUGGAUGGGAUCCCUAUUCCUGGAGGACUGAGGAGCAUCAAAGGAGAGGGCGUUGCCGAUGGACCUGCGUCUGUGUAUAUUGGUUCGGAUCCUGAGGGUGAACAGCGCUACACAGGCCUUCUCCAGGACGUCCGCUUGUACAGGACUAAGCUGAACCGCAGCCAUAUCCACGAGCUCCACACCCAGCCUGCUAAAACAGACCUGCGUAGCAUUUCAGGUUACCUGCGCUACCGGCAGGAUGAGAGGCAGAAGUCAUUUGUGGUGGAGGCCAGGGAUGAUAAUGAGGAGGAGGGGGAGGAGAUGUUCUAUCUACAGUUGGUAGCAGUUCAUGGUGGAGCGCGCCUGCCUCUCCCCAGACCCACUGCUAUAUUGCGUGUCAUGAAAAGUGACAAUGCCAAUGGGCUUUUUGGCUUCACUGGUGCCUGCAUACCUGAUACCACUGAGGAAGGCUCCACCAUCUCUUGUGUGAUCGAGCGUUUGCGGGGAUCUCUGGACCAUGUUUAUGUCAACUACAAUGUUACCCAACUGGAUACCUUGGACAGUGAGACCCCUGCCCAUCAGGAUUUUGUGAAUGCCACUGGUGCUGUGCUUUUCACGCCUGGACAACGCUCUGAGGUGCUGAACCUGUUAGUGUUGGAUGAUAACCUUCCAGAGCUGGCAGAGUCCUUUCAGAUCACUCUGGUGUCAGCAGAGUCUGGUGACGGGAAGCUGGGUUCCACCCCCACCAGCGGAGCGAGCAUUGAUCCAAAUAGCUCUGUCAACAUUGUCACUGUCACAGCUAGUGAUCACCCUUAUGGCCUGCUGCAGUUUCAGCCCAGCCCUCCAGGAGAAGGACUAAUCUCUCCUGUUUUCGAGCCUGCUCACAUAACUGUUAAUGAGGAAGAUGGACAAGUCCGUUUGUUGGUGGCCAGGGCCCAGGGCCUUUUAGGAAGGAUCAUGGUAGGAUACAGGACGACCCCCUUCACAGCAUCCAGCCCUGAAGACUAUGAGGUUAACGGCAUUCUGGACUUUCUUCCAGGGGAACGAUUAAAGUUUAUCCCUGUGACUAUCGUUGAUAAUCCUGUCCCCGAGCUGGACAAGAUUUUUAGAGUGGAGCUCUACAAUGCUGAUGGAGGAGUUGGUCAGUAUCUGAAUAGUGAAGGGAGUGGUAGUGGUGAGAGUGACUCUGACUUCCUCCUUCCAUCCUACUACCACCAUGGUAACUUGGGAGUUGCGUCUCGCAUCACAGUGACCAUUGCUGCUUCUGAUGAUGCCCAUGGAGUGUUUCAGUUCAGUCCUAGAUCUCUCUCUAUCAAUGGGACAGAACCAGAGGAUGGACGCAGCUCUGUGGUGCUUCAGGUGGAUCGGUCCUUUGGUGACCUCUCCAAUGUAACUGUGUACUGGGAGGUUGAUCCCAGCUCUGAGGGGGAGCUCCUCAGCAGGUUUGGGAACAUCACCUUUGGAGUAGGGCAGACUACAGAGAAUAUCAUCAUUGAUGUGGCUCCAGAUGAGAUCCCUGAGCUGGACAGAAGUUUCACUGUGUCAUUGGUUAAUGUCUCUCAUGGUCGUCUGGGACCUCAGAUAUCUGCUACUCUGACUGUACUCGCCAGUGAUGACCCCUAUGGGGUUUUUGUAUUCGCUAACGAAACAAGGUCUGUCCGACUUCCUGAAGCUGACUCAUCUGUCUCCCUCAACAUCCUGCGACAGAGAGGCCUGAUGGGUCAGGUGAAUGUGACAUAUGGGACACUUAAAGAGGCACAGCCAGAACCUUUCAGGACCCCUGGAGUGGGCCGGGCUACUGAGGGACGGGAUUUUGUCCCUCUCUUGGAUUCUGUUGUGUUCUUGGCCAAUCAGAGUGAAGCAAACAUCAGACUUCAAGUGCUAGAUGAUGAGGAUCCAGAGAGAGACGAGUCAAUUUUUGUGAAGUUGAUCAGUGUUCAGCUUAUCGAAGGAGAGCAGGAAAGAUCCAUUUCCAAUUCCCCUUCUGUGGGCCCCCUGACUGACACCUUUGCCCAGGUGAUAGUGGAGGCGAGCGAUGAUGCUUUUGGAGUCCUUCAGUUAUCGGCUUCUGCUGUCAGUGUUGCUGAGCACUAUGUUGGACCUAUCAUUAAUGUUACACGUGUCGGAGGGAUUUUUGCAGACGUGUCUGUCAAGUUCAGAGCAGUGCCUUUGACUGCCAGAGUCAGUGAGGACUACAGUGUAGCCUCCACUGAUGUUGUCCUCCUUGAGGGAGAGUCCAGUAAAUCUGUUCCCGUCUAUGUCAUCAAUGAUAUGGUCCCGGAGUUGGAGGAGACCUUUCUUAUCGAGCUCAUCAACCAAACCACAGGCGGAGCUCUUCUGGGGGAGCUCACCCGUGCCAUCAUCACCAUACUGCCUUCUGACGACCCAUUCGGUGCCUUUGUCUUCCAAGCUAUUCCAGUCACCAUAGAAGAACCAGGAUCUAACUCCAUUGAGGUCAAGUUGCCAAUUGUACGUAAUGCUGGUACUAUUGGCACAGUGGUAGUCCAAUGGCAAGCCACUGUAAACGGUAAAUUAGCAAAUGGGGACAUCAGACCCACAUCGGGGGAGGUUAGAUUUGCUCCUGGAGAGACCAUGAAGACGCUGCAAGUAGAGAUUUUAUCUGACGAUGUACCUGAAAUCACAGAGAUAAUUAAGGUGGAGCUUACUGGUGCCAGUAAUGGGGGAAACCUUGGAGCUGAUACAUCUGUCAACAUCAUAGUGCCUGCUAAUGACAACCCAUAUGGGACUGUGUUCUUUGAACAAUCUGUUUACCGCGUUCAAGAGCCCCUGGAGGGAGUUCAUAGGGCUAAUAUUACUGUCCGCAGGAGUGGUGGACACUUUGGUCGCUUGGAGAUCUUGUACAGCACCUCUGAGAUUGACGUUGUUGGUUUGGUUCAGAAGGAUAACCAGAACCUUCUGAUGUACUAUGCACUCCCAAAACCAGGCAUUCCCUCAGUCCCCCUCCUUAGGACAGUGAAUACAACUGGUCAGACAGACCCCCUGGCUGCGUGUGCUGCUGCUUGUCUGAGAGAGCGUGCCUGCCAGGCCUUCUCCCUGUCACCAGACAUGACCUCACCAUCUUGCACCUGGGUGACUUCAGGGGCUGACCAACUGACACCGAACUCUCAGGUUAUAACUUAUGUAAAAAACACCACUGCUGCUGCAGUCCUGUUUAGUGGCCAGGCUGAAGCAGGGAGUGAUUUUUCUCCUGUGACAGCUCAAAGUGCCUUCAUGGAUGAUGGGUCAGGGGUCACCAACCUCUCAGUCCCAAUCUUGACUGAUAAGUUCCCUGAAAUGGAUGAGAGCUUCAACAUACAGAUCUUACAGGUAGAGCUGAUAAAUCUGCCUGUGGUACCAAAGAACCUGCCCACGAUUGGCCUGCCAGACAAAGCGGUGGUAACUAUAGGCAUGAACGGAGAUGCAUUUGGGGUGUUUUUGAUAUACAGCCUCAGUCCAGGCGCCCGGAACGAGGGGCUCUAUCUGGAGGUUCGUGAAGAGCCUCUGGUUGUGGUGCCCCUGGUCAUAGAGAGGAGAGGAGGGAAUCUUGGCACUGUUACUGUAGAGUGGAGGUUUGUUGGAGGAAAAGCCACACCAGAUGCUGACUUCACUGGGACUGGAGGGACUCUAGUCUUUGAUGGUGAUCUAAAGAAGACGAUAGAGAUUGUUAUCAGAGACGAUAUUGAGCCAGAGGACAACGAGAGCCUCAUGAUUGGUCUUGUGAAUACAGAAGGAGGAAGUCGAAUCCUACCCAGCUCUGACACCGUUACCAUAGUGAUACUUGCUAACGAUAACGUGGCUGGGAUAGUUGGAUUCCAUCCCUCUUCGCGAUCUGUGAUCGCCAGAGAAGGUGAGAUGCUAUCCCUAUUAGUGAUGAGAACUGCGCCAGGUCGAGGUAAUGUCACUCUGGACUGGACUGUACAAGGGCCACGUGUACUCCGGACGUUCACCCAAACAUCAGGGACACUUUUCUUUACUGAGGGUGAACUGAAUGACACCAUAGUCCUACAACUUCUUGAUGAUGUCACACCAGAGGAUAAGGAUGAAUACAAAAUGUCCUUGUCCAAUAUACAAACGUUUGGUGUUGUGGAGACUGGCCAUGCUGCUCUUGAUGCUCAGGGCAGUGAGGCAGUCAUUUCUGUGGACACCAGCGAUGAACCCUAUGGGCUACUGACAAUUGCCCCAUCGUCCCUCAAGGUGACCACAGAGGAACAGGACCGGACUGUUAACAUUUACGUCAAAAGAGAGUUUGGAGCCUCAGGAGCGGUGAACAUCACCUAUGAGGUUAUAAGAGGUUCUUUGCAAGACCUGUCCCAGAUAGAGGGUGCUCUCGCUGAACCGGGACAAGACUUCAUCGCUGGUACUGGUUCUGUAAUCCUUCAGGACGGACAGACUACCGUUGCCAUCCCUGUCACCAUAUUAGAGGAUGACACGCCAGAGCUGCAGGAGUUCUUCUUGGUCAACAUAACAUCAGCAGUUCUCAUCACGACCAUUGCCACUGUUCCACAACUAGACACUCAGGGUUUGGUCACUGAGGUUAGCAUUGCUGCCAAUGAUGGGAUAAGAGGAGUCAUUGAAUGGACAAGUACCAUGUUUGAAGUCAAUGAAACAAUAGGGACCCUUACUCUCGUGGCCUACAGGAGCAAGGGGGCGUAUGGAAAUGUCUCUCUUUUCUUCUAUGCUCAGAAUCUGGAAGCUCAACAAGGACUGGAUUACAAUACCAGUGAAAUGAUGCUGCAUUUUGUUGAUGGUGAACGGUAUAAGUUUGUAGAAGUGCAGAUCAUCGAUGACGUUGUUCCAGAGGGAGCUGAGAGAUUCCAGCUCAUCCUGUCUGAGCCUUCUCUGGGGCUUGAGCUGGGCACCAACACAACAGCAACCGUGAAUAUCCUUGCCAGUGACGAUGGACAUGGUGUCAUUUCUUUUAACACCAGCGAGCAUUUCUUACUGAAGGAGCCCACCUCAGUGUCUGGUCUGAGUGAGAGUGUGGCCACCCUGUAUGUGGUUCGAAACCCAGAGGAAGGCACAUUUGGCUCCGUAACGGUUCAGUUCACCAUCACUGAUGCAAACGGCAGUCUGGCCGAGGGGGAUUUCACUCCAGCACGAGGGUUUGUGGUACUGGAGGAUGGAGUCAGGUUUAAGAUGUUGGAGAUCUGGGCAAUACUUGACGCUGAACCUGAAGUCAAUGAAACCUUCAGUGUGACCCUGACUAACCCAACAGGAGGUGCACGUCUGGGUGACCAACUCCAAACUCGAAUCACUGUCCUGGAGAAUUUAGCUCCAUCUGGCUUGUUCCGCAUCGGACCUACUAUCAACAGAACUAACACAGAAGUGACUGCUAAUGAAGGUGGCAGAACAGUCUUCCUCACCGUGUCUCGCAGUAAUGGUCUGGAGUCACUUGUUAGUGUGGAAUGGGAGACCCUGUCUGACACAGCUAUGGCCUCUGAGGGUCCCCUCUCAGUGAUUGGUGUGUACCAGAGCUUUGAGGAUUACCCCACCUCCGCUUGGUGCUCACUUCCUGAAGGGUCUUCCCCCCUGGCUAUGAGGCUGGAUAGGAGGCCUAUGUUUGGAUCCUCACACACCUUGGCUACUCUUUAUAGGUGGCAGGGUGUGUUUGUGCCAGUAGAGUCGGUUAGGAUUCAGGAGCCAAGCUCUUGUGUUGGGUUUGCAGUGAAUGGAUCUACCUACAUUGGCAUCACUCACAGUGGCCCUCCCUUUUCCCCCGCUACCAACCUUAGCAUUUUCAAAUUGCAUAUGGACCUUAAUGUCACAUUGGAACAAACUUUAGGUGUAGAAGCUCUGGAUGUGAAACACUUCUCAACUGAAGGCAGAGAUUACCUAAUAGCAUCAAGCCAGAUUUUUGUUUGGACUGGAGGCUCCUUCGCCCUCCUCCAAACUCUUGACUUUGAAAAGAACAUCCUCAGUAUUUCUCCGUUCAGCCGGGCAGCUGUUCCCUACCUGUUGGUGUGCAUAGACAAACAAAAUGUCAGCUGCCUCCUGCUGCAAUGGACCAACGGGAGAUUUCAGAAUCCACAGCCUCUUCAACUCGCUGGCAGAGCCAUUCAGGCAGAUGCAAUCAGCACAAGAGCAGAGGACACACUCCUGCUGGUUCUUAUUGAAGGUCCUACUCCGACAUGUGAGGUGUUCCAGUGGAGCUCAGGACAGCCUUCCCCUCAGCUUUAUCAGUCGAUUCCUCACCCGGGCCUCACCUCUAUUCACCCCUUCACUGCUCCAUCUGGGAUCACAUAUGUCCUGCUCGCUGGAAGAAACGGCUCAUCACUCUACUUGUGGAGGUCUGAUGUCAAGCUGCUCGCCAUGAUCCUGAGGGCCCCUCCGGCAAUGAGCUUCUUAUCUCUCAUGGUGCCGUCCCUCAACAGCACCAAGACCCUCUUAGCCUCUUCUGAGGAGAAAAGCUCCACUGUUUAUGAAUUUACUUCUGUCUCCAAUAUGUCUGAUUUCAUACCCAGUUUUGGGGAGUUGCACUUUGCACCGGGGGACAGCGAGCUGGAGAUAGCAGUGAACAUCAUAGAUGAUGACAUCCCUGAGGAGCAGGAGCGCUUCCAAGUCAGCCUGAAGAAUCCAAAGGGCGGGGCUGAGAUUGGAUUUGGCGGUCAGGUGACUGUCAUAGUCCCAACCAAUGAUGAUGCCCAUGGAGUCAUCGGCUUUGCUCAGAAUUCUCUAUCUGUGGAGGUAGAAGAGUUGGAGCAAAAUAAUCAGAUGUCUCUCACAGUGGAGAGGAAAAGAGGAACUUUUGGCAGACUGACUGUUCACUGGGUUGCCACUGGCAGUCUGGCGGACAUUUACCCCACUUCAGGAGUGGUAACAUUUUCCGAGGGCCAGUCAGAGGCCUUCAUCUCACUGACUGUGCUGGCAGAUGGCGCCCCAGAGCUGAGAGAGAUCGUAACCAUCACCCUCAUGGAUGUCACCACUGUGGGGCUGCGGGACCUUACACAGGCUGCAGUCAUCGACAAGCAGAGAGCUCAAGCUCUAAUCACCAUCCUACCAAAUGGUUCUCCCUACGGGGUGUUUGGAUGGCAUCUGGACUCACAGUUUACACUCGCACAAGAACCACAGAGGACUCCAGUCAAUGUGACUCUCUCUAUAGUGAGGGAGCAGGGCUCUACGGGUGAGGUGGCGGUCCACUACAAGAGCGGGCCGGCCCUGUAUCAGCCCCCCUCUAACCAAGCAAGUGCAGGAGAGGACUACACCCCCAAAGACAACACCAUCAUCAUGAUAGAUGGAGCUACUGUGGCUCUUGUUACUAUCACAAUCCUACCGGAUGACAUCCCAGAGUUAGCGGAGAGUUUCCUGAUAAAUAUCACCAGAGUGGAGCUGAUUAGUGAGUCAGUUGGUGCGGGGCAGCCGAGUCUGAAGAGGCCUGGUAUGGAAGUAGCCGAGGUCAUUAUCCAGGAGAACGAUGACCCUCGAGGGAUUCUGCAGUUCAAUGUCUCUGAGGAUAUCCCUGGAGUCGUGCUGGCAUACGAGAUUCCACCACCAGACAACAUCCUCCAUCUGUCGGUUGUGCGACUGGCUGGAUCAAUUGGACGACUGGUCAUCUACUGGGAGGCUCAGCCAAUCACUGCUGAUCUGAGUGACUUCAGCCCCUCAUCUGGGAAUAUUACAUUUCUAGAUGGGCAGAAAAAAGCCAUGAUUGCCAUCAACAUCUUGGAUGACAAACUUGUGGAGACUGCAGAGACCUUCAGAGUGGAUUUACUGCGAGUGAUUGGUGGUGCUCGACUGGGUGAAGUGACCUCUGUAACUAUCAACAUACCGCCAAACGACUCACCUCUUGGACGGUUUGGAUUUCAGAACUAGAGGUGUGUUAUUGUCAGUGAGCCAGAGUUUGAGGGUGAUCCUGCUGCCGUGGCAACACUAGCUGUGCUACGUAGUGUGGGAGGUGAAGGUGCAGUGACACUGAGAUGGCAGCUGGACGACCAAGCUGCAGAUGACCUCUCACCGCUCAAUGGGACUCUUGUUUUCACUGAGACUGACUCAAUGAAGACAUUUGUGAUAAGAGCCCUGGCUGACAGUGUACUUGAAGGAGAUGAGCAUUUCACUGUCAAGCUGUUUCCUGCUGGAAGCGGUGCUGUCAUUGAUCCCUUAGACGGAAUUGCGUCCAUUGCUAUCCGGGCAGACAAGGCUGCUCUGGGUAUUAUUGGCAUAGAAGAGACAUCAAGGAACGUCCUCAUCGGCGAACCUCAGGGAGAUUACAACGGUAGUGCUGUGGUCAGCCUCGUGAGAGGGCCAGGUGUGUUUGGAGAGGUCCAGGUUUACUGGAAUAUCACUCCAGCUGUGAUGUCUGAGUUUGAAGCGAUCUCUGGCACUGUGAUUUUGAGAGACAGAGAGUCCACUGCCAUGAUUAUUCUUAAGGCUCUGGAUGAUAACCUUCCUGAAGAGCGCCUUGAGUACCAGCUUGCACUGACUUCCAUCACCCCUGGACUGGAAAUCAGUCCCAUUGCUAAGCAUGCCAAGAUUAUUAUGGCGGCCAGUGACAACCCAUAUGGCAUCUUCUCCUUUGACCAGGAUCAGAUCAGGGCAACUGAGGAAGAGGGAAUGGUCAAUGUCACAGUAAAUCGCUCCUUGGGCAUCCUCGGCAGAGUGUGGGUGACCUACCAAACCUCAGGCAACACAGCGAUCAGUGGAGAGGACUUUAUUUCCGCUUCAGGACGACUUCUCUUUACAACAGGCCAAACCUCACAACAAGUCACCCUGCAGAUCCUGGAUGACAGUCUUUCAGAAGGGCCUGAGCUGUUCUUCCUUAACAUUACUGAAGUGGAGCUAGUCAACGUCAGUACUGUGGACUACACAGUGAGAGAGUCAGGUCUCCAGCAAGACCAGCCCCCGGCUGUAGGAAGCAUCUCCUCUGUCACUGUGGUAAUACUUAAGAAUGACAAUGCUGAGGGUAUCCUGGAGUUCAGGCAAGACUAUGUCAACAUUACAGUUGAAGAGGAUGUGGGCACUCUGUUGAUCGCAGUGGUGAGGAGAGUGGGCACAUAUGGAUCAGUCUCUGCUCAGUUCAUUUCUAGAGGCCUGAGUGCAACCCCUCACCUCGACUACAUCCUGAGUAAUGGAUCAGUAAUGUUUGCACAUGGACAAAAUACCAGCUACAUCAAUGUCUCCAUAAUAGAUGACAUGGACAGUGAGCAUGUAGAGAUAUUCGAGGUCCUGCUGGUUGGAGCUACAGGAGGAGCAAUUCUCGGCUCUCAACAUGUUACCAGAGUAACCAUCGCCAAGAGCGACUCUACAAGUGGCUUCAUCCGUUUUCUCAACGACAGCCUGAUCACUUUGGUCAACCCUAACUCCACCCUCAAACUAAGUCUUGUGUUGGAGAGAGCAGGAGGCUUUGUGGGCAAUGCAACGGUUGCCUGGAUUAUUCGGGGCCCUAACAGCAAUGACGUCCUUCCUCCAGUCAACACAGACAUUAGAGAGCCUGUGAACGGGUCACUCUUCUUCAGGGAUGGAGAGGAGGGCAUACACAGCAUAGAGCUGCAGAUUCUCCCCCAUGGGGAAGUGGAGGUGGAGGAGACAUUCUUCAUAGAGCUCAGUGUUCUGUCAGGAGAGGAUUUGGAUCCUCGGGCCGGUUCUUUAACGCUGAAGAUAGAGAAGUUUGGUGAUCCAAAUGGUAUAGUCCAGUUUACUUUGGAUUCUCUUCAAGAGCACAUCUACAAUGAAUCCACAGAAGCAGAGGGUCCUUUCAACAUUUCACUGUUGGUUACACGCAGGGAGGGUGUCACGGGUAACAUCACGGUGCAUUGGCAGAUAAAGAGUGACUCAGAUAUGGACAGGGACUUUUUAGCCUCAGCUGGCUCAGUAAUGAUCUUUGAGGGUCAAAGAGAUGCUGAAAUUGUUCUCAGCCUGCUGCCUGAUACAGAGCCAGAGCUGGAGGAGCUCUACACUGUCCAGCUCACAGCUGUGGAGGGUGGUGCUACUCUGGACGCCAACCCAAACCUCAUCAGAACAAGAAUCAGGGUGCUCGCUAACGAUGAACCCCAUGGUGUCUUCUCCCUGGAUCCUGAGCAACAAUCCAUAGUGGUAGUGGGGUCAGGGUCUGAGGUCACCAGAGCUCUGAUCUUGAAUGUGACACGGCUUGCUGGGCUAUUCGGCAACGCUAGUGUGGGCUAUAGGAUCAGUGGAGAGAUGGAUGAAGUGAUGGACAUGGAGGAGAUACUUGGAGGACAAGCCGAAGGAAGGCUGCUAAUAAGAGAGGGACAGACCUUAAGUACUGUCACUGUACCUAUCAGCAGCCAGGUAUUUUUGUCAGCGGGGAAGAGCUUCACAGCAGAGCUGACAGAUGUAAGACUAGUCAGUCCUAUUAUUGGCUCCCCACCUCGACUCUUUCAAGAGGCCAGUGUUGCCACGGUGACUGUACCUGAAGUAGCUGCCAGCUCUGAGGUUGGCUUUGCCUCCCUGGCUCUGCAGGUGUCAAGUAUAGAAACAGGGACGUGUGAAGCAGAAGUGACACGAACAGGGCUGUUUGGGGACAUUAGGGUGCAGUGGAAUACUGGAUAUCCUUCAGGUCAGGCUCCACCUGGGCUCAGACUGGGAGUGAUCAGCCCAAGUUCAGGCUCACUGACCCUGGCCCAUGGAGAGAGGACUAAAGUCAUACCGCUGAGAGCUGUUGCUGAUGCGUCUGUGGCAGCUUCCUAUGCUAUACACCUCAAAGCUGCAACAGCAAGCUCUGCUGCAGCUGGUGCUGUGAGACUCAGGUCAGGAUUUACAGUGGCAGAAGUGGAGCCACUGGGAAUUUACCAGUUUGCCCCUGAUUCGCGCCAGCUGGUCAUUGCAGAGGACAUCCAGACAAUCACACUUUAUGUCCAGAGACUCUAUGGCUCUCGCAGCAACAGCACCCGCCUCUCCUAUACAACAGUAACGGGCAGCGCAGUAGCUGGAGAGGACUUUGUUGCAGUGCCAGAUGGCCGUUUGGUCUUUGACUCACCUCGCCAAACCAACACUUCCUUCCACCUUUCAAUACUCGACGACUCCCUUUCAGAGGCUGAUGAGUACUUUCACGUCAACCUUACAGAUGCUCAAGCUUUAACUCCAGACCCAGCAUGGACAGAUACCCCUCCUCGCCUGAGCCCACAGCACAGUGUGGCCACUGUCACCAUCCUGGCUAGUGAUGUGACAGGAGGAGUGCUGAGUAUUGGGCCUGGACAGGUUCAGGUACCAGAGGACAGGGAUGAGGAGACCCAGCAGGACAGGAGGGUGGUUCUGAGGGUCCGCAGGUCCGAUAGUGUGGCUGGGGCUGUGAGGGUUCGGGUUCAAGCAUAUGGAGGUUUCACAGCACCUCCUCCUUUUACAUUAGAACCUGUGGGGGCUCUGGCAAAGGAGGAACAGGACUUCCGCCUGGAGUCCACCAUAGUGUCACUACAGCCUGGUCAGAACGAAGCAGAGGUUGUCCUCCUCAUCCUGGAUGACUCAGAGCCGGAGGGACAGGAAGUGUUCUUCAUUUACCUCAGCGACCCAGAGGGAGGAGCACAAAUCACUGAUAGUACACACCUGGGCUUUGGGGCUUUUACCAAGAUCACCAUCCUCGGAAGCGACUUCCACAAUGGUAUUGUAGGAUUCAGUCUCAGCUCUCUGAUUGGCCAAGUCCUGGAUGAGGAUUCAGAAAACAGAACCGCUCUCCUCUAUCUGCAAAGACAAGAAAACAGAGCCUUUGAGGAUUUGCAAGUCUUCUGGAGGGCAACCUUCAGCGAGGCAUCUUUAACUCUCAUCAGCAAUGGGGUCAACCUAACCAAACAGCUGGUUCAGACCUCAGGAACAGCACUGUGUAGGAGAGGAGAGAUAACCUGUGCUCUCACCGUGGAGGUUCAAGAUGAUGAGGAACCAGAGCAGCAGGCUUGGUUCUUGGUGGAGAUUUAUCAGGUGGGUCCUGGAGCAUCCAUUAAUGAGACCAUCCGUUUUGCCAACAUCACCUUAGCAGAGAGUGAUGAUCCACGAGGCAUUGUGUACUUUGCUGUGGGCAAUAGACUGCCCAUCGCCACCCCCAUGACCACGCGGCUCAGUCUUCAAGUCUACAGACAAGCAAGCACAGCUUCAGUCAUGUCUGUACAAUACCGCACUCUGGAGCUUCCUGGAGAUGAUGUGGUGGGUCCCUCUACAAUUCGACCAGCUAUAGCAGGGAUGGACUUUCCUAAACAGGAGGGUACACUAACCUUCCAAGUGGGUCUUCGCAACACAUCUUUGAACAUAUUCCUCACACCUGACCGCGCCUCAUCAUUGCCCACACCGAAGCGCUUCCAGGUGGAACUGUUCAACGCCACAGGGGGAGCCAGAGUGCAUCCACAGUUUGGGCUGGCUAAUGUGACUUUGGUUUCAAAUUCAGCAAGUGAAGCUGUGUGGGUCUUACUGGAUCAAUUACAUCAACCUCUAAACCCAAAUAUACUGAAUCAGGUGCUUAAAGGACUUCUGAAUACGGUCACUGCACCUGUCACUCAUGAGCAGAUGGCCGCUGUACUUGAAGCUCUGGGGAAGGUUCUUGCUGAAGCCGAGAAGGUUCCUUUACUACAAAGUAACCGCAAUUUGACCUAUGACCUGCUGUGUGCCUUGGCCAAUCCCAGCAGGGUUGACACUCGAGGCUUCAGUCACCUUGCUGAGGUAGCAGAGAGAUUUGCCUUCUCCCUCCUCACCCACAGCCAAUGUGAGAUAAGGGGUACCAUCCUGGAAGCAUGCCCGUAUAUGACCAUCUUUGCCUUCCAGUGGUACCCAACACAAAUCAAUGGACACAAAUUUAGGGGACGUAAUGCAGACUUCUUCCAGCUCCCUGAUCGCUUGCUGGCGGUACCAGCGGUGCCGACAGCUGACUGUGCCAACCUCAGCCGGAUUCAACUGAUAGAGUUUAGAACAGAUCACUGGUUUCUCACGAACAAUACAACCACUGCUCUUAGUGGGAAGGUAUUCUCAGCUAGCCUUCAGGACAGAGGGUCACAACCUCUAGAAGAUGGCAAUGAGGUGGUGUAUCGUAUCCACACCCCUGGACACCAAGUUAAACCAGGCCGCUCUAUGUGCCUUCUCUGGAAUCAGACAUCCUCAAGCUGGUCAUCAGAUGGUCAAUACUGCAGGGUUGUGAAAGAGAGUGGGAACUAUGUGGAAUGUGCCUGCUCCCACUUGUCUAUCUACACGGCCUACGCAGAGUUUGUCACUCUCGCUUCCCACAACGAGGCCUUCUAUGCCUCUGGAUUUAUCUGCAUCUCAGGCUUUGCAUUGGCCAUUAUAUCCCAUGUGCUGUGCUCCCGGUUUCCUAUGUUUGCUGCCAAACUUCUCACUCACAUGAUGUUGGGCUGCCUCGGAACCCAGAUCUGCUUCCUGGUGUCAGCUUUCCGUGGACGAAUGUUUUCAGAGGACAGCUGUGCUGCUUUGGCGCUUUUCUCUCACUAUUUCCACCUCAGUCAGUUCUGUUGGAUGCUCAUACAGGCGGUGAACUUCUGGCAAGUGUUGGUGAUGAAUGACGAGCACACAGAGCGCAGAUACCUGCUCUACUUCCUGUUGGGAUGGGGACUUCCUGCUCUGGUCAUCAUCGUCCUGGUCGUCGUCCUGCUUGGCGGCUUUGGAUGGACAAUACAUGCUGUAUAUGGGCUGGUGCAAGGAGACGUAUGCUUCAUCCCAAACAUCUAUGCAGCUCUGUGCACGGCGGUGCUGGUGCCUCUCAUCUGUCUGGUUGCAGUUCUGGUUGUGUUCAUCCACGCCUACCAGGUUACACAGCAGUGGAAGGCCUACGAUGAUAUUUACCGUGGACGAACCAACAGUGCAG